AUGAGUCCCGCUCUGGAAGCCCUCAUGCAGGCGGACGGGACUCCCUUCUCGGGGAAAGGGGUGAUGCUUGAACCCUUCGUGCACCAGGUGGGGGGGCACUCCUGCGUGCUACGAUUCGGGGAGCAAACCAUCUGCAAACCGCUCAUCCCCCGCGAGCAUCAGUUUUACAAGAGCCUCCCUACCGAGAUGAGGAAAUUCACGCCUCAGUACAAAGGUGUAGUGUCGGUCAGUUUCGAAGAAGACGAGGGCGGAAACCUAUGCCUCAUUGCUUACCCUCUUCAUAGCGAAUCGGCCGACCUGGAAAACAAAGAUCCCUCAAGCGACUGCGAGCCCAAGAGUAAGAUGUUAAAGUGGAGCAACAAAAAGCAGUCCCCUUUGCACUUGGAGAAUGACAACUUAAGCAAAGAAAGAGCUCGACAGAGUCGUAAAGACGACAAGAUCAUAAGCUACCGUGAUGAUGUACAGGCACAGCAGCAGGCAGAGGUUCUGUACUUAAGCCUGGAGAAAGGCAACAUGGUCCCACAGAUCAAACACAAUCCCUGGAGUCUCAAAUGUCACCAACAGCACUUACAGAGGAUGAAGGACAAUGCUAAGCACCGGAAUCAAUACAAGUUCAUUUUAUUGGAGAACCUCACGUGGCGUUACACAGUACCAUGUGUCUUGGACUUGAAGAUGGGGACCCGCCAGCAUGGUGAUGACGCUUCAGAGGAGAAGAAAGCCAAUCAGAUCCGCAAGUGUCAACAAAGCACAUCGGCUUCCAUUGGCGUGCGACUCUGUGGCAUGCAGGUAUACCAGUCAGAUUCUGGGCAGUUGAUGUUCAUGAAUAAGUACCAUGGGCGAAAGCUGACCUUCGCAGGCUUCAAGGAGGCCCUUUACCAGUUUUUUCACGAUGGGCAACGCCUGCGCCAUGAGCUGUUGUCGCCUGUGCUGCGACGCCUGCGUGAAAUGCAAGCUGCGUUGGAGUCAUGCGAGUCCUAUCGAUUCUACUCCAGUUCCCUGCUCAUUAUCUAUGACGGACAUCCUCCUAGGACGUCCUCUCGACCUCGACAUCGCGGUGGAGAGGAGGGGGAUGAAGACGAGUUGUCUGAGGAGGAGGAAGAAGAGGGCGCCUUCGGGUUCCCUCGUUCAUCCUCGGCAGGCGGAAGCGCCGGUGGGGCCGUAGGGAGCAGCAACAGUAGCAGCGGUCGCUCUGCCCACAGCACAUCGGACCCUAGCAGUUCUGCGGUGGAUGUGCGCAUGAUUGACUUUGCUCAUACAACUUGCCGUCACUAUGGCGAGGACAGCGUUGUGCACGAAGGUCAGGACAGUGGGUUCAUCUUUGGGCUCCAGAAUCUGAUCAGCAUCAUUUCCCAGCUGGAGGAUCACAGCAACGAUUGA